AGUAUUAUGUAUAUCUGGAUAAGCAAAAAUACGUUGACCUUGGUCUCGGAAACCACAGAGUGAAGUGCCGAGUGGCAGACAAGUUUAAGUAAGUUCCUUUUAACGAAAUAUUUGUUGCCUUUCGCAGUGUGUUCUAUUCUUACUUUAUUAAAAUUUUCAUUAUGUAUAGCAAGUUGCCUUAAUUAACUAUAAUGCUUAAAAGGAGUCAGAUAAAUAAUGCUGCACACGUAACACACUACAUUUGCUGUUCGAAUGUUCACAAAACCUAAGUGCUUUUUCUUCGCUCUUGGCCGAUAAACAGCUUUAUCUAUGAAAUGAAAUCAGUUAUAUAUAAACUAAAAGUACAUUAAUGCAAACCCAUUCACACCGAAAAGAAUCAUCCUUUCUAUUUCAUCCGCAUUAUUCAGUUUAUCAGGCGAGAAAGUAUCUCUAUAGCACUUGAAGCAGUUGGCUGAUCCGACGUUUAUAUCUUAUAUUUUGCGAUCAUGCUUAGGAGAUAGUGGUAACAGUGACAGAGUUGAAAUUUAGUUUUUGAAAAUACUGUGUGGAUGUAGGCAGUAUUUAAGACUCUUUUCCAUUCAUCGCAAGCACUCGCAGCGAGCUUGCGAGUUGGUUUUUGCGAGGUGGAAAAGAGUAUUAAAAGUGUUAGUAUAAUAGUACUAUUAAAAUCAAUAGGCGAACAAAGUAAAACGACUCAAAAUGUAUAUAUAAACAGUGGUAAAAAUAUGCUCUAGUACUUAUCACUUAUUCGUAUUAUUACAUCAAUACGAAAUCUUUUUGUUAACGGUUAAACAAAACCAGUCCUACCAACGAAAUCCUAGCUCUAAUGUCGCUGGUGGAGUGACGUAAUCGCGUGCAUGGUCCCCUAAUGCCUCAUCGGAGAUUCGCACCAUUGUCCAUGGCCUUCGGCUUUGACGGCAGCGAGGGGAUAAUCUUAUUUGAAGCAAUUGAAAUUCGUUCUUGACCUGAUGCUUGUAUAGCCGUGCCUUAUCUUUGACGACUUCCAGUCACAUUGCUCUUCCUAUCAUCAUCUUUUUGCAAUACAUUUUGCGAAUCCUUUUUGCUCCCAUUUUAGAUACCUGUCCAAUCUCUGCUUGCAUGAGUUUGAGACAUACCUGUCUUGUCUCGUCUUGCAUGCAUGUAACGUCCGCUAUCCUUUGAUCACUUUCAACUUAAUUCCCUAGGCUCGGAACUUCCCUACUCAGUAAUAAUUACGUCGCUUCACUUGUAUCCACAACCACAAAGAAUUAUUGGGAUUUUUUACAAAAGCCGCAUAUGCAAUGGGAAAAGUUAGAAUGAAGAUUCUGUCACCCUGUCAAAGACAUUCGUAAAAUUGUGUAAAAUUGAUUUUCUAGGUUGAUUGUAGUUGCUGAAAAGGAUGUCGUUUAUGAACGUUUUCCAAUUCCUCUUAUCAAUCGACUGGAAAAACAUUUACUGGUAAUGUCGACUGGUUUAACAGAACAUCAAGCUCGCUUGGCUAAAGAAUUGGAGGGCUGGGUGAAGGUCUUCUCGGAAGCAAAGCCUGAAUAUUCAUCUGGCGAGAGGUAGAACUUUGAGUUGCUGUAGUGAUGAAAUACAACGAUUUAAUGAAUAACCAUGCCGUAUUUGUAACUUCGAGGACGUUUUCAAAUUGUUUAGCUUUAGCAAGAAUAAAAGACUAAAAGACAAGUUUUAGGGCUUUCUGUUUGAGAACUUUCCAUGUGCAUCAGGACAUGCAGGAGAUAAUAUAAUUAAACCCACCUUAACCCGUUCAAACAUGGAUGGAGGUCGACGAGUGUUGCAACUCUCCCUCGUGUUUGACCACCAACUGUCAUCGAAUCUCAUGCGCUUUCAUUAUCACUCAUCAACUUUGAACUGGUUCAAGUCAUGAUGAGAGGUGUUGAGAGUUUACACCGCCGGUAUAGUAUCCACUAGAGAGGUUCAGAUUUGACUUCCACUACUGCUGCCUCUCUCUGGCUUAAUAUACGCAUUCGAUUAGUUAAUCGGGUAGUUUAAACCCAUGUGAUUGAUCAAUACUGGCUGUAGCGUUAGUGGAAGUUCAAUCUGAACUUGUCUAAUCAACUUUCAUCAAAUCUCGUACAAUUCUUGCCAUUCUGGUUUGACCAGCCUAGUACUAGCCUGCGUGGCAGGCCCUCAGUUCUAUUGGGGGCCUGAUUUGCAACGGGCAGGAUUCUGGCGGGCACGGGGGAGGAAUCCUCCCCUGUGCCCGCCAGAAUCCUGCCCGUUGCAAAUCAAGCCCCCCAUAAAACUGAGGGCCUGCCACGCAGGCUACCAAGGUACAAGAACUGAGAGGUCAAAGGUAAAGGUCAAGGUUCAAGCACAAACUCUGAACCAGGUUUAUAUAGGUGUUGGAAGAGAGUAGUUUAUACUAAAUCAACAUUCAAAAAUUAUCAAUCAUACGCUUAUCCUGUAAACGAGAGGCAGAAGUGUGCAUUAUAAAAUCAAAUUUUGUGCCAGUAUGUACAUUUCUCAUGUUUUCGUUCACUACGCUGGUUUUAAUAAAUGAAUGCAAAGCCCAGUCGAAUUGCAUUCAAGACCCAACGUUUCAACACUCCAGUCUAGUGUCUUCAUCAGAGGUGAUCUGACAUUAAUAGGUAUGAUGAUUUAAUGAUAGCUUGCGUUCUGAAAUUCGUUUGUAUGUUUUUCUGACAUCAUAGCUUGUUCAAGCCUGGUGAUUGUUUUGUUGGUUACCAUAGCGAUACUGUUGCUGCCGUAGUUAUGAAAAUUUCCAACCUUGGGAAUGAUUGGUCUAAUGAGCAGGUAAGAAUUUUUCAUACAUAGCUUUGUACAUUCAACAGACCUACCAAGUCUGCAGCAUUUGACGGGGAGGUUCCACAGCUAGCUGAGACGCUUCAAGGACUAGUGACUGCAAGUAAAGCCGAAUAACUGAUAUGAUGUGAACAAAUUAUCUACACAUGCACUUAGCCAUCUUAUCCACAUGCAGACAGAUCUACGCAUUGCACAGCAGAGCAAGGGUGCUUUCAAUGUAUAGUUUUAGUUUCAGGGCAGGCUCUCCCAAACCAAGUUGAUUCUGAGCUGAUGACACAGGAAAAAUAAUUAAAUUUCCAUUAAUGGAUUUUUGAAUGUAAAAACUGAACUCUUACAGUUAUUGGUUAUUAUGGACUUCCCAUUGGUAAAUUAGUAAAAACCAUGAUGUUUAGUAUUUAGCAGGAAAAUACCAUUAAUAGUAAAUAUUAAACAUGGUUUUUUACCAUAUGGAUAACCAAUAAUGGUAAGAGUUUAGUUUGUACAUUGAUAGUAUAGAUGGUAAAUCUUUAAUGGAAAACCCAUUAAUGAAAAUUUUAAAUGUUUUCCUGUGUGACAGACCAUAAAGUUCUAGCGUAUCGAGUCACUAUGGCUGUACGCCACCACUACUCCCAACAAUCCCUUAUCCCCCUGCCUUCAGAUUUCAUGAGAUGGUGGGUUUUGUCCCACGCAGAAAAAUCCCAAUGAUUGUUAUUUCCCUUCCCGGCCUGAUUCAAGAUUUUGUAUUACAUCUAUUUUACAUCUUUACUGUGCAAAUAAAUUUGCAAACAAUGAAUGUUUAUGAGUACAAUGGUAAAAAUAUUUUCAAAAGGUGAAAGAUGGAAUUUCCAUUUCACAAGGCGACAGCCGAGUAUUGCAUAAUUAUCUGAAUAUUAUUUGCAUUCUAUAUAAAUACAAUGGCUAAAUUUCAUGUUGCAGGAUCAACUUAGCUGAUAUCGUUUGUGGUACUAUAAUUUCCCUCUCUUGCCAAAAUGUUCUGUCAAAAGGUUAAAUGAUAGCUUUUCUUUCUAGAUUCUGUCCCAAUCAAUAUACACGUUGUUGCAGUGUGCAUCACCCGAUGCCAUUGCUAGGCUACCAGCAACAAAACUAAAGCACGAUGCAGAGAAGCUUUGGACAGAAUAUUUUAGAAAUCAGAAACAUGGGAGUUUGAAAGAUUAUCUGGUUCAUUGCUUGGGAAACAAUAAAGAUACUGAAAACGAUAGUUCUCUUGUCCAGGUAAGCUUUCUAAUAUUAACUAAAAUUGGAUUCGGUCAUUUUAAUAUAACUUGUGUUUCAGUUAAGAAAUGGGUUUGACUACCUCACGGCCCUUCGUUGCAGGUGAUGUCAAUGAACCUUGCAUCCGGUGUGGGUGUCUCUUAAUAACGUCCUACCUCUAACCAUCGCAACGAAAGCCCAUGAGUUUGAGCGAAACAAGAUUUUAUUUCUACUUCCCGUACACCGCAAUAUAAUUAUAUUUACUUAUUCACUUAUAACAUACCUACCAUUUAAUUAAUUUCCAUUUUGCUCUUUUCGUCCAAACAAUUACGGGUAAACCUCGACAGGUGACUUGAGCACGAAUGACGGACACAGAAAGUUCUUGGCCUUAAGUUUCAUGCAAUAUAUAGUUUAAUUUAUAGCCUGUACUAGAAAUACAUGCAUGCAGCGAAACCCCCUCGAAACCCCAUAACUAUAUUUUCCAAACGUGAAGUAUUUGAAGUGGUUGUUGUGGUUACACGAUCAUUUUAUUCUUUAUAUUUUUAAAAUUGAAAAAAAAACCAACGAAAUAUCUCUUUCAAUUAAAAAAAAUACCAAUUUCACAAAUAUACAUGUUAGGUGUGUUAUUAUGCAUAAUAUAAGCUUCAAUUUUCGGCACCGUGUUUAAGAGCUACCCUAGUACUAAGACUUCUGAGUUUACGAUAUAAGGAAUUUGUAAACUGAUUUAAAACCACCAUGCAUAGUCGUUGUAGAUGUAGUAGCAUAAUAAUUAAGUAUUUGGGAUAGUUGUAAUUAGUAGCAAUUACGCCCCUCCUGAAAACCGGCUUAGUUUGUACUUUAAAAACGUUGAAAAAGGCUAGCGCAUGAUGGAAUAAAAGCCAUGUAUGCAUGUAUGUAAUUUUUAUCAUUUAUAGAUAAAGAGCGAGGGGGAUUCGGCGUAAUAUUUCCCGAAGUGAUGAUAUUUUCCGAGGGGCUUUGCCCCGAGGAAAAUAUCAUCACUGAGGGAAAUAUCGCCGAAUCCCCUGAGCGAAGGGCUAUAAAUGAUGUAUUAUACCGAAAGUUAAAGAACUCACUAAGUUCAGAAUAAACUUUAAAACUUGCUGAAUAUUAACUAGUACGCGAAUACAAUUUUUAAUUUCUUAUGUAUACCUGAGUUUUUGACGUUUCCUCUUUAAAAUAUUUGAGCAUGUAUCCUUUGGGUCAUUAAAGGUAACAUACGUCUUGAAAAUCUUUGGUUAAAUCAAAUCUUCUGUACGAAAUAAUAAAAUUACAAACAACAGCUCGCGAACGCCAUAUUGUUUCAGAGCGUGGUGUCCACGCGUCUUGCGUGAGCGUGGGAUACUAUAAUAUCCCACGGUGGAUCUGCCGUGGGAUAUUAUAGUAUCUCACGCCGCAUUGCAAAAUCAUGAAUUUGAGUGAAAUACCGUAAAAAAUCACAUCACGUGGUACAAAUGCUGUUUUUUCAUUGGACAAUUUGAAUUUGAGGUAUAAUAUAAUGUAAAACCCAACCACAAACGCUUCGCAAAACGUUUUAAAAUGUUCAUAACUAAACUUAUCAAUAAACUUUGUUGAGUUUGAAAUAAAAUUAUAUCAAAUUACGCAAUUCUCGCAUGAAAGUAACUUUGCUCUCCUCUUUAUUGGUAGUCACCCCGUCUUAUUAUCUGAUUUUUGAACAUUUUCUGAAAAUUUUUUUUUUUUGUUAUUUUGAGCCCAUUAACUAUUGUACAUUAAGACUGCAUGGUUGAUUUUUUUCAAAAAAAUCUAAAUUAGGUGAAAAAAGCUCUCAAAGUUACCUUGUUUGAAAAUUUACCCCAUAGCAACGCCCUAGCAACGCAUUUAGGUACAAAAUUCACUCAAAAUUUCGUUCAAAAAUCACUUCAAACAAGUUUCUUUAUGUUUCUCCUUUUGGUGUAUGUGAUUUAGAAUCUUCUGACUUAGCUGCAUUGCGAUUGGUUGCUUUGGGGAGCCAUGGCAACGCGAUUUCUUUGUCUGUCUUGUGAUCGAUCGCAUUUGCAUUCACUGUGAAAUUAUCGACAAAAAUCUUAGUUUUUUCUUAAAUUCCAAGUCGAAAAGUUGCUGUUCUAGUUUCUCAAAGAUUCGUUUUGUUAUUUGGAUUGUAAUUUGAAGUCAAUAAAUGAAAAAUACGAAGAACAGAGCGAUAAAAUCCGCCUUCGAAGACGGCGAAGAAAUUCAAACAUGGCGAAUCUCGUGACAAAGAAGCUGGACCUUCCAGAGCGAAAAUUGGCUCUCAGACAGCAAACUUUGGUGUUAAUACCGAAAUUAUAUAGACACUACAAGGAAAGGAACAGUAUUUAUGGAUUUGUCAAUUUUAUUUGGUGUCUUUGAUAACAUUUUGAAAUGUCCUGACAGUGGAGAUGAACAUGGAUAUUCUCAUUACAUUGUUUUACAGUUUGUGUGCAUAAAAAUAGUUCUACCCAGAAAACUUUCGGAUAGAAAAGGAAUAUCUGGUAAAGGUCAGCUUACUGAUGGUAAAAUAGAUGUUCUAGAAAAUUAUUACGGUCUGGCAAACAGAGAAGCCAAGCUGUAA